AUGGCCAAAAUUGCAUAUAAUCAAGCAAACGGGAGUAUUGAUGGUGCGCUUGAUGCUGAGUGCUUGAAGAACUGCAACGCAGCAUUGGAGUUGAUUGGAGAGUUUGAUCUUGUGAUGGAGUCCAACAAACGAGUUCUGAACCAAAUGCGACACUAUCCAGAUGAUUGGUUCCUGGGAAGCCAAACCGUCUUAAGCGGGAUGCAAAAUGCCAUCCACGGCAUCGAUGUGCUCAUUUCAUCUUCAGCUAGGUUGAAGAACAACCUCCUCAGCGUCAGGCACACUCUCCUGCACACCAUGGAGAUUCGAAAUGCGAAUUAUAUGCGGGCCAACACCAUUGCGCUGCGUCGAAUUGCGGCCCAGGCACAGGUUGAGUCGAAGCAUGCAAAGGCACAGUCGGAGUCGUCAGCAAAGAAUGCCGUAACGGCUACCCGGAUUGCAAUUCUCACCAUGAUAUAUCUACCCCCUACCUUUGUCGCAACGGUGUUCAGCACGCCAUUUCUGCAACUAGACGACGAGCUGCAGUUUAGUGCGGCCAAAAAGAUAUGGGUAUACAUUGUUGCUUCGUUGGCGUGUAUCUUGAUAACACUGCUGAGCUUUCUUCCUUGGCUCACGGAUCGGAACUCUAAACCAAAAGAAACCUCUCCGGUUGAAGACGACACUGGGCUCCAGAAUCCCGACGAAGCACUGCUCGAACCUAUGGCUGUCGCUCUUCCAGACGUGAAGGAUUUGGAGAGGGAGGUGAAGAAGAGGAUGUUUCCGGGCCGGUUUGCUUUGGAUGCUGAGGAUGCGGAAGUGGACGCUUUUGAAUGGCCUGAUAAACACUUUUUGCCCCCGGAAGAAGAUUCUACUGAGUAG